AUGACACAGCCUUCCUCAAAGAAAGUUGCUCCAGCUCCAUUUGCAGCCAAGUCCAGCAAAUCUACCACCGUCAAGAAUCCUUUGCUUGAGUCUACACCAAAGAACUUUGGUAUUGGACAAUCAAUUCAACCAAAGAGAAACUUGUCGAGGUUUGUCAAGUGGCCAGAAUAUGUUAGAUUGCAAAGACAAAAGAAGAUUUUGUCUUUGAGAUUGAAGGUCCCUCCAUCUAUCGCCCAAUUCAACUACACCCUUGACAAAAACACCGCUGCACAAGCUUUUAAAUUGUUCAAUAAGUACAGGCCAGAGACUCCUGCAGAAAAGAAGGAGAGAUUGACCAAAGAGGCUGCUGCUGUAGCCGAAGGUAAAUCCGCUAAGGAUGCCUCACCAAAGCCUGUUGUUGUCAAAUACGGGUUGAAUCACGUGGUUUCACUCAUCGAAAACAAGAAGGCCAAGCUAGUACUCAUUGCCAAUGACGUUGACCCAAUUGAAUUGGUUGUAUUUUUACCAGCUUUGUGUAAGAAGAUGGGUAUUCCUUACGCUAUUGUCAAAGGUAAAGCCAGAUUGGGAACUUUGGUUCACAAAAAGACCUCAUCUGUUGCAGCUUUAACUGAAGUCAACUCUGCUGAUGAAGGAGAGUUGUCGAAGUUAGUUUCAACCAUCAAUGCCAACUAUCUCGAAAAGUACGACGAGAAUAAGAAACACUGGGGUGGUGGUGUAAUGGGUUCAAAAGCCAACGAUAAGCUUGCAAAGAGAGCUAAAGCAAUGGCUAAAAGUAAGAACCACACCAACCAUAACCAAAACAAGAAGGCUCACAAGAACGGUAUCAAGAAGCCAAAGACCUACAAGUACCCAUCAUUGAAAGGUGUUGAUGCUAAAUUCAGAAGAAACCACAGAUAUGCUUUGCACGGUACUGCCAAAGCCUUGGCCAAAGCUAGAGCCGCUAAUUAG